AUGCCCUCCGUAGCCGAAGAAUUGCUGGCCAAAAAGGCCCGGCUAGCGGAGCUGCGUCAACAGAGAGCCCUGAAGCAAGAGCAAGUCGCCAGCCGACGAAGUAUAGGCGGAGCAGAUGCACCCUCACCCAGACGGACCGCCCAGGAGCGGCGAGCAGACAUUGACAACAUCGUCGACGAUGUCCUAAAUCGCAAACGAGACAGUAUCGGAGUUGUGGGCGCCAAUAGACGGGAAAGCGUGAGGCCGAGUGCGCUCUCGGACCAGAGCCAUGAAGCCGCCGCACCAUCACCGCGGCCUGCCAUGGUCUCUAUGUCGACUCAGACCACCGAAGCUGUCCUCAAUGUUGGUAGCGAGUCAGUGCCGCCCUGGUCAACAACGGUUGUACCCAGCAAAGAAUACAUCACCUACACCAAAGCCGUGCAGACCGAUCCGUGGUCAGAUGAGUCGCCCACCGAAGGUAGUGACGAAGAUGAUAUCAGGAAAAGAUCAAGGCGGCGCUCGAGCAAGAAGACCGCCGAAGAGGAAGAAGCCAUCCGAGCUCAGCUACGAAGAGAGAUCGAAGACGAGCUACAGGCCACCCAGAACGGCCACAUAGGCAACCAAGUCAAUGGCGACUCGCAGAAGCAGCGGUUCCCGCUCCGCACUCUUACCGACAACGAGAUGAAUGCCGUCACAGCUUCCACAGACUUCAUCUCUUUCGUCGAGCGCUCUUCUAAGGUCAUCGAACGCGCUUUGGAUGAGGAGUAUGAUCUGCUAGCAGACUACACCCGCGCCGCCGCACUACAAGACGACGAAGACGACACCACCUACAGCCGCUCCACCAGGAAGUCUCACUCCCUCAAAGAAUCCCUCCAACUUUUCUCGGACCGACACUCCCGCCGACGCAUGAUUUCCGACAUUCAGUCCUCACCACACUUUCCCGAACUCGUCCUCACUGCCUAUACCAAGAACCCCUCCGCUCCGAACGAGUCACCAGGCCAAGUCCUUCUCUGGAAUACACAUGCUCCCUCACGGCCCGAAUAUGUCUUUGCCAGCGGUUCAGACGUGCUUUCGGCGCGCUUCUCGCCCUUCCAUCCCAACUAUGUGAUUGAUCUGCCUAUGGGACACGCGUCGAACAAUCCUCAACCGGUGCAGCGGACACCACAAUCCGGCAGCCACCUCGGGCACACCCACCCCGUCUACAACAUUUCCAUCAUCGGCACGCCUAACGCACACAAUAUCAUCACCGCCAGCAUGGACGGCGUCGUAUGCUCUUGGUCAUUCGACAUGCUGACCCAAGCCCAAGAAUACCAUGUCCUACACACCCCUCCACCCGCUAAAACAGAAGACCUCGCGCCCACAAGCCUCUCAUUCCCCGCCGCCGACCCGACCUUCUUCCUCGUCGGCACCGAAGAAGGCUCCAUCUACCCCUGCCACCGCUACGACCGCGCCGGCGCCAAAGCCGGCGUCGACACACGGCUCGCCUACCGCGGCCACACCGCGCCUGUCAUGUCCACCCACUUCCAUCCUGCCCGUGGGCCCGUCGACCUCGGCGAUCUCCUCCUCUCUUCUUCCUCAGACUGGUCCCUCAAGCUAUGGCGCGUGAAACCCGCAGCCGCAACAUCUUCCUCCGCCGCCGCCGCCGCCGCAGCCACCAACAACACCUCAGCCACAUUGGCAGCAACUCCACUCAGCCUAACCGGCACGAACACGCCCUCAAAUCAACCCACCCCCCUCCCACCCCUCCUUGACAUCCCCCGCGAAGACCUAAUCUACGACGCAAAAUGGCACCCGCACCGCCCCUCCAUCUUCGCUACGUGCACCGGCGCCGGCGAGCUGGAAGUCUUCGAUUUGCUCUACGACGCUGACGUCCCCAUAACCAAGAUCGCGCCAUCAAGGGGGAAGAACGGCGUGAUGCCAUUCAGGGGACUGAAUAAGGUUGCGUGGGAGGAGCGGAGGGGUGGGUAUUUGGCGGCGGGGGGCUUGGAUGGGGUGGUGAGUGUGUUUGAGGUUGGGAAGGGAUUGCAGGGCGGAACGGGAGAGGGCAACACUGAGGAGUGGAUGGGUAUGCGGAGGUUGGUUAGUCGGUUGGAGGGGAGGGGUGGGGUGCCGUGA